CUGAAUUCGAGCUGGUCAGCUGGAGUGGACGACGUUCUGAGACACUCCCGACAAUCCAGCCUGUUUUUGGACUUGGAUCAAACGUUGUGAGAUAUUAAUGUGGCAACCCAGUGGAAUAUAGUUCACAAGGUGCAACGGGGAGGAGUAAUUUGAGGAGUAGGAGGACUUAGAAGUCGAGGAAAUAGGAAUCGACUUAACCUGAGCCGACAAAGUGCGUCGGGGAAUUCGUCGAUAUCAUGGCGACUGCUGCAGGCAUAGUCGGGGCAAUUGCAGCAUCCGCUGCAGUUCCGAGCUCCAGCGGGGGCCAGCUGAAUCAAGGGAACAAGGCACCAGCUCGGGGCGUGGGAGCGCAGUCCUCGUCGUUCGGAGGCAAGGCUCUGCGGGGCCAGGAAGCAUCGUCGGGGAAGAAGAGGGUCGGGGCCAGGAGCAAAUCCACGGGCCUGCAGGUGAGGGCUGCCACUGAGACCUCGGUGGUCGAAGGCUUCCCAGCAACGUUGGCGAGGAUCUUCGGCGGCGGUGGCAAGGACGACGGCGACACGGUCGAAGUUCUGGGAAAGCUGGUGCUGGCCAAGAAGAAUGCGCUCGACUUGGUGGACAUCGGGGCCGUUUUCUGGGACAACACCGUCGACAUGUUCGGUCGAAAGGUCUUCAUCUGUCUCGUCAGCAACGAAAUCGAUCCAAAAACCAACGAGCCCAAGAAGACGGCGUAUAGCGGAGUGCUCAACUGGUGGGACAACGAUGGCGAUCUGGUGGCUGACGAGUUCACGUAUUCCGUGAACUUCAAAGUGCCCAAGGACUUCGGCCAGCCCGGCGCUAUCCUAGUCCAGAACAAGCACGUGAACGAAUUCUACAUGAAGACAUUGACAAUCAAGUACCCUGAACCUGAGAACAAAGAGAUCGACUUUCUGUGCAACUCGUGGGUCUACCCAGAAAAAAAGUACGAUGGCAAGGACCGCAUCUUCUUCAGUAAUAAGACUUACCUGCCUCGCGACACCCCGGCCGGUUUGAAGAAGUUGAGGGAACUGGAGUUUCAGGAGCUCCGUGGGGACGGAACGGGCACGAGGCAGAAGUGGGAUCGAGUAUAUGACUACGAUGUGUACAACGACCUCGGCAAUGUCGAGAAGGACAUCACCACCAAGCGCCCGAUCCUCGGAGCGGGAGAGUUCAAGUACCCUCGCCGUUGCAGAACUGGCCGCCCGAUGUGCAAAGGAGAGAACCUUGGGGACUACGAGACUUCAACUACUAGCGCUCUGGAUGUUUACUACGUACCUCGAGACGAGGCUUUUGAGAGGGCCAAGUCUUCGACCUUCUUGGCCAGUGCCCUCAAGGGUUUCGUGCACAGCGUGAUGCCCAACAUCAAGAAAAAAUAUGACACCACCAAGAACGAGUUCGAUUCAAUGAGUGAUAUCUUUGACCUCUAUGACUAUGGAGUGAGCCUGAAAGGCCACAUUGUGGACAACGGGUCCGUGAAGCCGGAGGAGAACGGUCUCGUCCUGCUCGACUCCAUUUUCUCCGCCAAUGGCGAUAGCAAGGAUCUGCUCGUGUACCCCAUUCCUGACGUUGUUGCCAUGACGAAGUGGGGCUGGAAGAAUGAUUUAGAAUUCGGGCGUCAGUUUCUAGCAGGCUUGAAUCCUAUGGUCAUCAAGGCUGUUCAAGAAUAUCCACCGAAGUCAACUCUAGAUCCAAAGAAAUUUCCUGGCGCCACUGCAUUGACGAACGAGCACAUCGAGUGUUUCCUCGAAGGCCAGACUGUUGAGGAGGUUAUCGAAGGCAAAAGGCUCUUCACUGUGGACUACCGCGACCUUUUCCUACCCUACCUGGACAUGUUUCAUGCAGGGGUGGAGGGGUUGGCAAUGUACGCUCCCAGAGUCAUUUUGUACCGUACCAAGGAAGGCCACCUAAAACCAGUAGCGAUUGAGCUGUCUCUGCCUCCAAAGGCUGAAGGCGAAGAGUGCAGAAACAGAGUUUUCACACCACCGCCACCCGGCAUCAAUGAGACCUUCCAACUUUGGGAGCUUGCGAAAAUUCAUGUCAACAGCGUUGACUUCGGCUACCAUGAGCUAGUCAGCCACUGGUUGUCGACACACGCCAUCAUGGAACCCUUUAUCAUAUCUACGAACAGAAAUAUUAGCAAGCUGCAUCCGAUCUAUACUCUCCUCAGUCCGCUCUACAAGAACACGAUGUACAUCAACAGCUCAGCUCGACAGUCUCUCAUCGCAGCGAAAGGAAUCAUCGAAAGUAACUUUGUCACCGGGCAGUACUCCACACAAAUCAGUGCCGUGGUCUACGAAGCACUGUGGAGAUUUGAUCGCUGCGCCCUCCCAAAUGAUUUGCUAGCCAGGGGAAUGGCAGAUCCAGGACAUAAAUCUGAGCCAGGUGAAGUGAAGUUGGUUUUGGAAGACUAUCCUUAUGCCCAAGAUGGACUAGAACUAUGGGAGAUAAUCUCAUCUUGGGUUGCGACCUUCGUGAAUCAUGUUUACAACUCCGACAAUGAGGUGAAGUCUGACUCAGAGAUUCAAACCUGGUGGAACGAAAUUGUCAACGUUGGACACGCAGACAAGAAGGGCGAAUCGUGGUGGCCUAAGUUGAACUCCAGGGCAAGCUUGAUUGAGAUCAUUUCCACUAUAUCGUGGAUCACAGGACCUCACCAUGCUGCAGUAAACUUCGGUCAGUACGGCUACGCUGGCUUCAUGCCUAACAGGCCUCCAUUCGUCAGGAGACACAUCCCCGAGAAAGGCACCAAGGAAUACGGUGAGCUCAUCGGCAGCCCAGAGAAAUUCAUGUUGUCCAUGAUGUCCUCUCAGUCGACUACCGUCACCAUCAUGACCACCAUCGAGCUCCUGUCGACCCACUCCGUAGACGAAGAGUACCUUGGCAAGCGCCUAAAUGAAUCGUGGACUUCGGAUCCAGUCAUAAAGAAGGCGUACGAGGAGUUUUCCGGCAGGUUACAAACUCUUAAGCAAAGAAUCACUGAAAGAAACAACGACCCUAAGCUACCGAACAGGAGAGGCCCAGCUAAUGUGCCAUAUACCCUUCUGUACCCAGAAUCUGAAUCUGGAGUCACUGGACAAGGUGUUCCUUACAGUAUUUCCAUCUAGAAAGCAGGCAAUAGGUAGAGUGCACCUAGCGAAGCUCGUUCUGUCCACAUUCAAUGCAUACUGUAAGGAUGCGCUAUAUGAAUAUAAAAUGACUCGAGCCCCUCGGCAUUGUAAUUAACUCCAGAUUAGUUCGUCUCGAGCAACAAUUGUUUCGGCUCUUGUACUUGUAUCCUCCUGGUGAGAUGGGGAAAUACAUAACUUAUGCAAUUCCG